AGAGGGAGAGGGAGAGAGAGAGAGAGAGAGAGAGAGAGAGAGAGAGAGUCUCUCUCGUUUCUCCAGUUCAGGUUGUCGGCGGCAGGUGGUCGGACCGGUGUGUGUCUCAGUGUGUGUGUGUCUCUGUGUCUGUGGAUGUUCAGCGGAUGUUCUUGCGCAGGCUCCUUCCCUGCACCGCGGUGGUGAGGCUGCUCCUCGGGUAGACUCGGGAUGGCGCAGGAACCGGAGGGAGACACCCGGCUCCUGCAGGACGUGCUGGACAGACCGGGGAACGGGACGUGCGCCGACUGCGGCAACCCAGAGCCGGACUGGGCGUCGGUGACGUUGGGCGUGUUUGUUUGCCAGGCCUGCUCGCUCCUUCACCGAAGCAUCCCCCACAUCACCCGGGUAAAGUCUGUCCAGGACACGUGGGAGGCCAGCGAGGUGGAGUUAAUGGCUGCUAUGGGAAACAAUGCAGCCAAGGCCAAAUAUGAGCAGAAGGUUCCUGCUUUCUACUACAGACCAACACACACUGACUGCAACGCAACAAACUACAAAUACGGUUCAUGCGUAAGGCUGUUGAGAGAGCAGUGGAUCCGAGCCAAGUACGAACGGAAUGAGUUUGAGUUCAUCGAGAAACAGGAGCCUUAUUCUGCAGGGUACCGAGAGGGGUUUCUAUGGAAACGAGGAAGAGACAACGGUCAGUUUCUCAGCCGAAAGUUCAUCCUGUCAGAGAGGGAGGGAGCGCUGAAGUACUUCAACAAGCAGGAUGCCAGGGAUCCCAAGGCGGUGAUGAAAAUCGAGACGCUUAACGCCACCUUUCAGCCGGCCAAGAUCGGCAACCCCUGCGGCCUGCAGAUCACCUACCUGAAAGACAACAGCACAAGGAACAUCUUUGUCUACCACAGUGACGCUAAGGAGAUGGUCGACUGGUUCAAUGCCAUCAGAGCAGCCAGGUUCCACUACCUGCAGGUGGCUUAUCCUGGAGCAAGCGACGAGGAGCUGGUUCCCAAACUGACCAGAAACUUCAUGAGGGAAGGCUUUAUGGAGAAAACAGGCCCAAAGCACACAGAGGGCUUCAAGAAGAGGUGGUUCACUAUGGAUGACAGGAGACUCAUGUAUUUUAAAGACCCUCUGGAUGCGUAUGCCCGUGGCGAGGUGUUCAUCGGCAGUAAAGAGAACAGCUACACCGUCAUGGCCGGCUUGCCCCCGACCACUCAGGGCCACCACUGGAACCACGGCAUCACCAUCGUCACGCCAGACAGGAAGUUCCUCUUUGCCUGCGAGACGGAGGCCGAGCAGCGGGAUUGGAUAGGGGCCUUUCAGAGGGUCAUCAAUCGACCAAUGAGGCCACAGGAAUAUGCAGUGGAGGCCCAUUUCAAACACAAGCCUUGAAACCUGCGGGGAAGCCACAACUCCAAACUGAUCCCAAAUCGAGUCUCGGUCAGAUCAGAGACGACCCUUGCGUGUGACCACAGACCAUGACGGGACAAAGGUGGGGUGGGGGACGUGUGGGCAUUUUGAGAUGUGGGCAGAGAUGAGAAAAGCUCAUGAAGAAAAAGAAAAUGAAGAGAAAACGGUCUAUGUGUCGGAAACUCAAACUCUGAAAAGGGACUCGUGGCCCCUCAUGGGGUGAAACGCUGGUGGUCUGAGGCCAAAGAGUCGAUGAUGUCAUCCCUAUCGCGCCUGCUGACCUUGUGCUAUUACCAUGCCAACCAUCCCCCCCCAUCCUCAGCUGCGUGGGCCAUCCAAUCCCCUUCGCCAACCUCCAUCCCCCUGGAUUUCGUCUCGUGAAUGGUGCAUUCUACCUGUAAUCUAAUGUAAUUAUGUAAUCUAGAGUCAUUUCACUGGUUGCUUAACCGAGACAGUGUAUUGUUAAUUUAUUGAAUGUACAGUUUUGAUGACAGUGGCUUACCGUGUGUGUGGAAUCGUGACGUUUUGGUUGAGGACGCUGUGUGGUGGAACCUCUGGCACUGACACCCGGAUAAACCUGAAUCUACAAAGUGCUGUUAACAACAAAUAUGCAUAAAACACACACAACAACUCAGUGAUCACCGUCGCUGUUAAUGUAGCUGGAGGCGACUCAUCUGCUUCCAGACAGGGUUCUUUGAGAACCUCAAUCCGACAGCUGUUCUCUUUUUUUUAUUUGUACUGUUGGACAUACUGAGUCAUCGUAGACCGUGAUUGCUGCUUUAAAGGAUUGUAAUGUGAUAGGAUUGUAAUUUAUAUAACACGUCUACAACUGUGGUAUUUACUUUUUUGCAUCUUGUUUUAAAGGACACAUUGCUGUGUUGAUCCAUGGAUCAGUGCUGGUUUGGUAUGAUCAAAAGCAUCAAUACAGAUGAGUCUGAAAUCAAGUUGCAGGUGUCUGAUUUGUGCUCAAACCAAUGUGAAAGACAGGAAAAGUUUCAUUUAGCCACCAUUCCUUUUGACCCUUUUCAUGGCAGCCAUUUUGAUGUGAAAUAGCAGGUAAACACAGGCAUCAUUAAUCACAUUCACUAGGGCUUAAUACUUAAAGCAGCACCUUCAUUAUGUGUUAUUAAUACUAAUCUUGAGACUGAUAUAAUAUUAUCUUUAGCAAUUGUUAUGGCUAAGGUGUUAGCUAACAGAUGCCUAAACAGUUCACACUGGUGAAUAUUGUGUGUCUGAUAUUCCCUCUGUUUUGGUCUCUGCCAACUCCUGAAGAAAGGUUCUCUUCUAUUCACAUACUAUAUCAGGUCAACAUGGCUGUGGAAAAGGUGUGUUUCGCUCUGCAGUUAAGAGGCAGGCUGUGGCUUUUAAAAGAGUUAAAACAUUUUUUUAUAUUUGAUAAUUUCUUGAUUCACUAUUUAUGAGUUCUUAAUGACUGCAGCACAAUAAACUCAACGUAACAUAGACAUUAUCAUUAACAUUAUGAUUGUUAUGUGGCUAAGGUGUCAGCUAAUAGUUGUAUUUUGACAAGGGGCAAAGCUAAUCUUCUCUUUGACCUAUAGUCACCAGGUGAUGGAAACAUGAAUGAAUUUAAUUUUCCUUUAGCUCUAUUUUGGGCUCCUGAGGAAAGGGUCUGUUCUACUUAGGCAGAGUCCUAAUGUGAUUAGUAACGUACUAUUUCAGGUGAAAAUGGCUGCUGUUAAAAAGGUAUGUUUAGCUCAUUAGUUAAGGGGCAGGCUGUGGUUUAAUACUUCAAACUUUCUCGACUUUAUUCACUAUUUCCUGGUUCUUAGUGACUUUAAUUAUCUGCAGUGCAACAAAGUCAACAUAGAACUAAUAUAACAUCGCCUCAUGCAGUUUUUAUGGCUGAAGUGUUAGCUAACAUUUGCCUAACCAAAUAACAAGGGCAACGUUAGCCUUCACUUAGAGUCGUGUUUCUGGCCACCUGGUGGAUAUAGGUCUGACAUUCACUUUCAUUGUCUCUUACCCUUUCAAAAACUUAAACCCACCCUAACUCCCAACCUCUUACCCUGACCCUAAGCCCCUCACCUUUAUGUGCAAUGAAAAUAAAUUGGUUAUUGAAACAAAUCAUACAUGUUAAAGCUUUUUUGCUGACGUCCUAUACUGUCAGAGGUAAAAAUGAGAAUCUGACAAUUUUCUCAAGAAUGUUUUCUAUGUUGAAGGUGAAGGUUUUAUUUGAUUUGCAGUAAAUCCUAUCAACCACUAGAUGGUGACAUAUACCUACUGCUGAUUCUGCAAGACCGUUAGGAGCUUAGACAGAACAUAACAAUGUCCUGAUGCAGCAGGUUAGGGUUUUUUAGUUUUGGGCUCACAUGUGAAGAUGAGAACAAACUGUAAAGGGAACAUUUUAAAUGAAGCAGAUAUCAUGACAAAGUGUAAGUCCUAGCAGUCCAAAUGAUUCCAUUUCCAUUCCAGGCUCACAAUCCAGACAAAUGCAAAUCAUCAAGAAAUAAAUCAACAGCAACAUAGAUUUUACACAUCAAACUUUGUACAUACAUAUUUAUUGUUUUUACUAUGUGUGUAUAUACCAGGCUCAUAUACCUACCAUGUACUUCUCCUAAUACUACAACUACUACUACUACUAUAAAUUAUGCUGAAGUUAUUUGAUUUGCAAAGUGGGCACAAUAUCUAUUCAUUAAUUAACAAUGAGCUUAAUCUUAAAGAGAGACUGAAAUUAUGGAGGAAAACAUUAAGUCGUUUUGACUUUCUGUAUAUUUACAGAUUAAACAAACAGGAGAUGCGUUAGGGAGCCUGAGGCAUUGGUGAAGAAAAACUGUAUCAUGAACUUGAAUAACUGCUCUAUGCACAUGUGCUAACUGCAUUGUUUAAGGAGUCUGAAAAUGAUGAUAGUAGUUGCUAUGGCUUUUCAGAGU